GCCGAGCGGGCGGCAUAGACUAAGCGAGCACCGGAUCCUGCGUCUGUAAAUUAAGUAUCCCCCCUCCUCUCCACCAACGACAAGCAAAGGAUGUCGUGACCUCAAUACCUAGAACAGUCUAUGUGUGUGUGUGUGUGUGUGUGUGUGUGUGUGUGUGUGUGCCAUACAAUAUCGACCCCCCUCCCCCCCCUAAAAAACAAACCAAGAAAUGUCCCCAAUCACACAAAACAAAACCGGGCGUUCUUAUCACGGCAUCCCUAAAGCUGCAAGUCCGUAUUCCCGCUUCCGAGGGGGGGCUUCUGGGGCUUCUCCCCGGCCUGCCCCCCACCUCUCUUUAUUUCUGCUGGUAUCAUGCUGGACUUCUGUCCAUCUCCCGAGUCAGUCUCGCUUCAUCAGACCCUCUGCGGGUCCCCCCCCCCCCUCCCCCACUAGGCCGGCGACUUACCAUCUGGGGAAGAACCCGCCAGGAGGAGAUCGACGCCGUGCGUCUGGGGGAACUAUCUUCACAUUGGGGGGAGAUCUUGCGGGUCGUUGUAUGUACAUGUGUAUGUGUGUGGUUCAGGUGGUGGAAUUCUGCUUCAUUGCUAUGUUCCAAGAAAGCCAAGCUCCUCCCCGUUGUCCACCGCCGUCGAGCCGCCGAUCAAACGGAUAUGUGCUCACGCGCCCUUUGCGCAUGCAUGCGAGACUGUGAUUCUGAACCGCGAAUCCGUACAUUGUUGAGAAUGCUUCCAUGCUUCCUGCUGAUCCGAGAUAUGCUAUAUAAUUUGUUUUUGGUGACAUAAAUAAUGUGAUUCCGUCCAGAGAAGGGGGAGUACUGUAUCCGCCAUAUGCCUCCUCUGCGGCCCCAAGUGUGAGAAGAAAAUAAUAACAAAAUGCGCC